GUAAGAAAGAGUUAGGUUAUUUUUUUGAUUUAGUAGGUAAAAAUUGAGUGAUUAGUUUUUAAUGCAGAAUGGAGUUUAAUGAUUGGUUUAAUCCUCCAACACCAGCAAGAGUUGGUGUCCAACAAAAUGAAAUAAGUUUUAAAUGUUCUGAAGUUCCAAUUGAUGGUUCACUAGUUUUUUUAACAGGUGAAGUUGUUGAAGCUCAAAAAUAUCAAAGUACCCAACUUAAUAGUAAACAGGAAUUACUUACCAGGCUUCAGUUUGAGUUAGAACAGGCUUUGAAAGUUUAUGAUGAAGCUGAAUUAGAUUUAAAAUCUUUGAACAGAAAAUUGUAUUUAAUGCAGGAUAGCUCUUUAACUUUAAAGAAGAAUUGCUCAGAGCUACAGACAGAUAUUGUCUCCAUACUUAAAGAGAAACAAUGUUUGCACAAUAAGCUUUUAGAAAGUAAAUGGUCUCAAUGCAGAUCAGUUAAAGAGUUUCAAAUAUACACAGAAAAAAUGGAAUCUUUUAAGAAAAAUAUGGACCUUUAUUUUGAAAAUAAUGAAAUUCACAAACAGAUUAAAAUUCUUCAUUCACAGAUUUUAGAAAACAAGCAGACAGUUAAGGUGCUCUCUAAUGAGGAACAGUUUUUAUCAAAAGAUGAAGUUACAGAAGCUGUACGUUUAAAAGAUGAAGUUACAGAAGCUGUACGUUUAAAAGAUGAAGUUACAGAAGCUGUACGUUUAAAAGAUGAAGUUACAGAAGCUGUACGUGAUUUAAAAGAGCAGGAAAAAGAUGUUGAACAUUCUCAAAAAAAUAUGUGCAAUUUGAAAGAACAGACAAUUUUGCUAAGAAAAGAAGUAGAUGCAAUAAAUAAACGCAAUGCAGCGCAGUUGUCUCGAUUAAAACAUCAUCUUGAAGAAAAAAAAAACAGGUGUUCUGCUUUGAAGGUUGAGAUAGCAAGUUUAGAACGUAAGUUAAAAGAACUAGAAAAAAGUUAAUUGAGUUUUGCUGUUAAUAGGAUCAUUUUUUUAAUGGCUGUAUUUGCUUGAUUAAAGAACCAAAGUUUAUUAAA